UUUAGUUUAGAUAUGAAGUUCUCUACUUCAAUUAUCCUGAUGCUCAACUGCCUGGGUACUUGUUCAAAAGUUCUCUUCAAAGGCGAUUUUCACACUGCCUGCUCCCCUCACAAAGCAUCAGAAAUUGUCACAGUCAACGGCAAUGAGGUUUUAUAUGCUGACCUAAUCCAAAGGGAGCUCUUUUACACUCUUCCCACAUUUAUUACUCUUGAUCCAAGUAAAAUUUCUGGACUAUCUUACAAAGAUGUCACGAGGAGCAUUGCAGUCUGCCAUCACCUGAUUGACAUUAUACAAGAAGAGAUCAAAUAUCCAGGAGAUGUGGAAGAACCUCCACAGACUGUCAUCUACCCUGCAGAUGAGCUUGAGCUCGAUAAAGAAAACACCAUGAUCUGCCUAAUAGAUCAUUUCUUCCCGCCAAACAUCGAAGUUCACUGGACCAAAAAUGGCAUUGUUGUGUCAGAAGGGGUUACAAUAAGUCGAUAUUACCACAAUGAUGACGUCACCUUCCACCUAUUAUCAACGCUGACAUUCACACCAAAAGAGGGGGACAUUUAUCGCUGCACAGUGGAGCACCCAGCCCUAGAUGAGCCGAAAAUUACAUUAUUUGAGGUUCAGUUGACUUAUCCCAACAUUGGACCAGAUGUUCUCUGUGGCAUAGGCCUGACUGUGGCUGUAUUUGGAAUCGCAGCUGGAGUUUUUUGGGGACUCAAAGGACACUACGCAAGAACUGUUUUCUGA